UUGUACUAAACACUCGGAUUAAAAGUUUCAAACCAACUUGAUAUAUUUGAUACUAUUACAUAAAACAUGGCUCGGCUUCCUUCUUCUUCUUCGAGCAUAUCCCCUAGGUGGUGCUACGACGUGUUCCUUAGCUUCAGAGGGGAGGACACGCGGGAAGGCUUCACGAGCCACCUCUACCAGGCAUUGAGCAAAGUAGGAAUCAACACUUUCAUGGACAUGCAGCUCCAGAAAGGCGAGGAAGUCGCCUCAGAACUUCCGAUGAAGAUAGAGCAGUCCAGAUUCUCAAUCGUGGUCUUCUCGGAGAGUUACGCAUCUUCAAGGUGGUGCUUGGACGAGCUGGUGAAGAUCAUGGAGUGCAAGGACAAGAUGGGGCAGCAUGUCAUGCCAGUCUUUUAUAAGAUACAGCCUUCUGAGAUUAGGAACCAGAGUGGAAGAACAGAGGAGCAUCUGCGACUGCUGAAGUUAAGUGGAAAGUAUGACUGUAAGCUCAGGAAAUGGAAGACUGCCCUCAUGGCUACUGCUAAUUUGAGUGGCUGGCCCUUCAAAAAGGAGACUGAACCUGAAGCGCAGCUCAUCCAGAAGAUUGUUGAAGAAGUGUCGACGAGAUUGAAUCGGACAAGAGCAUUGAGCAUUGCCCGCUAUCCAGUUGGACUCGAAUAUCACAUUGAGAAGAUCAAUCCGUUUCUGGGGAUUGGAGUUGAUGAUGAGGUGAGGAUGAUUGGAAUAUAUGGCGAGGAGGGCAUUGGGAAGUCAACUAUUGCCAGGGCAAUUUUCAACUUGCAUUGCCAUAGGUUUGAAGGAGGCAGCUUUCUUGCACAAGUGAAGGCAUGUUCAGGAGCAGAAGGGCAUGGACUGGUUAAGGUUCAGGAAACCCUUCUGUGCGAGACUCUAGGGCUUGAUAGCAUAAGCUUGGGAAAUUCCUACAGAGGGGUCAGCGUCAUCAAGCAAAGGCUUUGGUCCAAGAAGGUUCUUCUGGUUAUCGACGAUGUCGAUGACUUGGACCAGCUGAGGCAGUUAGCAGGAGGCAAUGAAUGGUUUGGUCCGGGAAGCAGGAUCAUCAUUACCACCCGAAACAAGGAUUUGCUGCAAGCCCAUGGGGUUGCCAUUGAACAUUCAUGCGAGGUGGAUAGACUGAACAACUUUUACUCUUCCUUGCUUUUUUGCUGGAACACAUUCAGGAAGCUCGACCCUCCAGAGAUGUUCGUGGAGCUCUCACAAUGCAUAGUUGAAAUUGUCCAAGGCGUUCCCAAGAGACUUAUCACGAAAGGUUCUUCUCUAUAUGGUAAAGGCGCCAAAGAGUGGGGUGACGUGAUCAUGGAGUUAUGGGAAGCGUCUAAUGGAGAAGGAUGGGAUAAAAUACUCAAGAUCGCCAUUGAUGGGCUCGAGCAACUUCAGAGAGCUAUUUUACUUGUUAUUGCCUACGUCUUGAAUGGCAAGGAUAAAGAAGAGAUCAUGGAUAUUCUGGAUAUUUCUGAAUCGCUUUUCAAUACUGGAAUCGAAGACCUUACCAGUAAAUCUUUGAUAUGUAUUCAACGAAAUAAAAUCUGGGUGAGCGAGUCACUUAGGGAACUGGCAAGGGAAAUCCUCCAUGCGAUGUCUCAGAUCAAAUUCCGGUUGAUGUGCAUAUUAAGGUACUUGGAUGAUGCAACUGAUGAGCUUGAAGAUGACAUCAACUCGGCCGCUCGCUCUCUCUUUAAGGAGAUUUUCAAAGACAGUGAGGGCGAAGAAGUAGAGGGGGAGGAGGAUGUCAUAUCUGAACUUACAAACGAAACGGGAUUAGAGGAGGGAAUAGAUGACUUUGCAGAGGAUAUCGAGUCAUUCAUCGAUGAGGCAUUUUCCUUCUUUUCCUAAGAUAAGAAGCUUGUCAAAACAUGUUUGUUAGCUUCCAGCAAUAUACUAGGAUACGUCUUGUAUUCUCGAUAUCCCGAAGCAUUUCGAAAGCUGGUAAUAUUUCAAAAAAACGAGGAUUGGGAUGAAUGAUGAUUACAAUACGUGUACUGUGAUAUUACCAAAAUCGCAAGGUAAACAGAAAAUUCUUCUUA